AUGGUCGCGUUCACGUCGGGCGCAGAGAACGCCCACGGCGUGGAGGCCGUGACGAGGGGGAUCCGGUGCCAGCUGGGCGCGUGGUUCACGGAGGACGCCCAGCGCGCGGCGCACGCGGACGAGCUGGACCUGGCCGAGCGGGCGCUGAGCCGGACGGAGGAGCAGCUCUCCGAGCACGACCCCCACGACUGGCGGGCGGCGGACAGGCGCUACGAGGACAUGUGCAGGCGCGCGGCCGAGGGCCACGUGAUCCGGCAGGGGCGGCGCGUGGCCGACCUCCAGCUGCCCGGGAGGGACCUCGCGGUGCCCGUGGAGGUGCUCAGCGACCUCCCGGGCCCGCAGAUCACGAGGGUGCGCGGCAUAGUGACCGAGGACGAGAUCGCGCACAUCCUCGCGAAGGCAUCGCCGCACUUCAAGGACGCCGUCGUCUUCGAGGGCGAGCAGCUGACGCAGGCGAGCUACAGGACCAGCUCCACCAGCUGGCUGAGCAACGACGACGAGGACCCCGUCAUCCACAGCGUCCUCGCCCGGAUAGAGGCCGUCACGGGCCUCUCGCUCGAGUCGGCGGAGGAGCUCCAGAUCGCGCGCUACGUGGACGUCAACCAGGGCAAGUACGAAGCCCACCUGGACUGGGGCAUCUGGGGAGCCAAACGGAACGCACAAGAGCACGGGGCGGCCGCGGACGGUCUCUCCGCAGGCGCCGAGAAGCCGGCCGCGGACGUCCAGAAGUUUCUGCUUCACGUACGCCUGUUUGGGUGCCCUGGCGUCGGGACCACGGUCCGCAGGGAUUUCGGCUACGGCGCGGGCGGUGCUGAGGUGGGCGCUCGAGCUGCGACUUUCCUGCUGUACCUCAACGAGGUAGACGCCGGUGGCGCCACCGUCUUCGUCUCGCACAACGUGUCUGUGGCGGCCGAGAAGGGCACCGCCAUCUUCUGGUACAACCUGCACCCAUCCGGCUCGGGGGACGAGCUGACACGCCACGGCGCGUGCCCCGUGCAGCGGGGCGAAAAGUACAUCAUGACCAAGUGGAUCCACGAGCUCGGCAACGAGGCCGUGUUCGGCGCCGCGGAGGGGCUGCCCCGCGUUGCGAGGGACUGGAGCGGCGUGGCGCAGCUGCUCAGGGAGGGCGCCCGGGAGGAGCGCCCGCAGGUCCGCAGCCUGCCCUGCGGCGAGCGGGCCGCGGCGCACAGGUGUGCGCUGGAGCCCCUGCAGAUGGCGCGCUCGUGCCCGGGCCACUGCGACGAGGCCUCCGAGAGCUCCGCGGCGAGGGGCCGCGCCGUCGUGGACGGCGUGCUCUCCCCCGAGCUGUCGGCCAGGCUCGCGCGCCUCGCCCCGGCCGCCGCGGCGGUGGCCUCAGGGCCUCCCAGAGGGGGUCGCACGGCCUCACUCAAGCCGGGAGCGCUUUGCGGGCAUCACGCCGUCCGACGCCGCCAGGUGGGCGAUCGGCCAGACACCCGCCCGCCGCGCCGCAGCCGUCGAGUGGGCCGAGACGUAUCUGCUGGCCGUUGA